AUGGCCACAAAAGUAGCAACAACAACAAUGCGUCGUCAACCGUCAAUGAGAAAGACUUCAACACCACCGAAAAAAAAUUCUCGGCCAACGACACCAAUAAAAAGACCAGCUAUAACAUCGACGACGUCAUCAAAGUCUUCGACAACAAAGUCCACCCCUACUACCAAUACUGCUAAUAAUACAACGUAUACGUGGACAAUUGCAAAAUAUCUUGACCACAAAAUUGUAUUGCAACACUUUUUUCCACAUCAUACAGACGAAGAAUUUGGAGAACUUCGUGAAAAAUACACUCCGAAAACGCGUGCCGAUCUAAUUUAUUGUGAUGAACCACCACACAAAUGGGUUGUCCACGAUUGGUUAUGUAAUUUACCAGAGCAAGAAUUAUUUAAUGUCAUUAACACACCUGAUAUUGGAUUUGAGAUUUACUUUAAUCGGUUAAAAGCCUUGAACAUGAUUAAAAGUAUCUUUAGUGGAACUGGAGCAGAUCAUGAUAUCGCUGAAGUUGAAGCCGCAGCCGACAAACAAGUAAAAGCUAAGUUUGAUCAGUUUAAACCACCAGAAAAGCAACAGCGAUUAGAAGAACUCUUUUUCCGUAAUGUAAAGCGCAACAAAACAAAGGGUGUCUCAGUGAAAGAAGAUAUUCGCAUCAUCAGCAUUGUAAAAAAAUCAGGCAG